CAUCAUUCAGUUCAUUAUUUCAAUUAUCAGUUAGUAUACAAUUGCAUGGAUACAUGAAAUAAAUGAUCAUCCAAUAUAUUGUAUAUCAGAUUAAACAAAAUAAAUUACAUAAAUGAUGGUUUGGUGACCAGACCACAAGGUUAACAUAACAUGUCAAACUAUUCAUUCAUCAUUCAGUUCAAUUCAUUUCAUUUAUUUCAACCAUCAUGGAUACAUGAAAUAAAUCAUCCAAUAUAUUGCAUAUCAAACACACACAAAAUAACACAAAUAAUUAGUGACCCUGGAGAAAGCAGAGCUUAUAAAAAGGGGCCACCAAGUUAAAAUACACUUUGAAAAUACACAAUAAAUGAUGAUAUUUCUACUAAUCAUGGAUAAUUUUCUUGUAAAUUUGUUCUUUCCAGGGGCAUUUGCUCUAGGGAAUUCAGAAAUAAAGGAAAAUCAAGAACUUAGUUUACGACCUUUGGUUGUCAAAAGUGUUGCUAAGCGCCGUGGUGUGAUCAGUCACCUGCUUGGCCUGUCAAUGUCCAAGGCUGGAAUGGAUACCAUCUUCACGGUCAGUGGGGGUCAGGUGACUAGCUAUGGACCUCAAGGACAGUUCAACUGGCAGGUAUCAACGUCUGCUGAGUGGAGUGAGCGGUACAUUGUAAAGAAGUUCAAGGGUCGUGUAUAUCAAGAUCUCCAAGAUAUGUAUCAUGGAGCCUUUUUACCCAGUAUACGGCCGCUCUCUAUCCAGGAGUUUGGACAACAGUCAGCAGCAGUGAUCGCAGGGUGGGAUAACGUUGUUCUCCUAUCUUUAGAAACGGGCAAUGUCCUAGUGGAGCAUUCGUUACCGUGUCAACCGACGGCUCCUGUGGUCAUUGGUGAUUUUGAUGAUGAUGGAUUGAACGAUGUCAUAGUCCAGUGCUCCCACAGUUACCUUGGUUUCUCCAUCCAACGAUACUCAGGUUACUGGGUGACAGCAUUCAUUGGUCUAGCUGUGGUUGUCAUAGUAACAACCCUCGUAGCCACAUGCACCCCCAAGGAGCUAACUAUAGAGGGGGCUGUUUAUGGAGAUGAACAUGAGAGCUGACAGGACAGACUUUGUAUCAAGAACUGAAGAUGAUCAAUUUCACUAGUUAGCUGUGCUAGCAACUAUUUAUUUCUAAAGUUUCCUGCCUUUUGCAAUACUUUUGAUAAUGAACAGUAUUUUGUAUUUAUGUAUUUAUUGUAAUGAAUCAGUGGUAAUUAGUACUAUUGCAAUAUUCAAUAUUGAUGUGAAGAAAAUUGUUAUUUUAUACAAAUAAAUUUGUAUUACUCAAGAAAUUUUCGAAUCAGUUGAAUUCCACAAAAAUUUUGAUUUGUCAAAUAUUUGGAAAAGUAAAAUAUAAGGGAUGAAAAUGUCAAUCCCUGCCAAAGUUUUUAGAAGAGAAGUUUUGCAAGCUGUACUUAAAGAUUAAUAAGAAAUAUGGAAAUAAAAUGUUUUGUAAAAUGAAA